CAGUGUGUGUGCUGGAGAGAGAGAGAGAGAUAUUCUGAGAGAGUUGUUGUGUUUCUCCGCAGCGUCGAUGAGCAGCAGAAGUUGGUGAUCUCCAUUCUAACUGAAUGGAUUGGCAUGGGGAGAAGCGGAACUCUCAACUCGGCUAAGCUGCAGCUUUUUAACCGGAUUUCGCUUGUCAUGGUUUCCCUGUCCCUCUUCCUUCAGCCAGCGUGCUGUCAGUCAUGUCGGAUCCAGCGCUGUAACGCGGAGUACGUGGCAUCAUUUUCACCUGCCGCUGGCCUUCAGGAGGACGUGGUGUCUGACGUGGACUACUGCACGGCUCUGAGGGCAUACUCCUUGUGCACCAGGCGAACAGCCCGUGGCUGCAGGGGGGACCUCGUUUACCACUCGGCUGUGUUCCGAAUCAAGGAGCUCUUUGCUCAGCACAACUGCUCUAGUGAAGGUCCCACGUCUUCAGUGAAAGUCCUAAGCACAUCCAGGCCCACUGUUGUGGACACAUGCAACUUUGAGAGCAGAGCGCUGGCUUUGGGCCCAGCGGAUGCACAGAAGAAAAAGUAUGCACACUGUGGACUAUUCGGGGACCCUCACUUGCGCACUUUCAAAGAUGAGUUUCAGACGUGCCGGGUAGAGGGCGCAUGGCCACUCAUUCACAAUCGCUACCUCUCCGUUCAGGUCACGAAUGUGCCCGUUGUGGAGGGAUCAAGUGCCACAGCAACUAACAAGAUAACGGUGAUAUUCAAAGCAUACCGUGACUGCACUGAGCAGAAGGUGUACCAGGCCACCACGGAUGAUGUACCCUCAGCCUUCCAGGAUGGCACACGCAGCGGAGGCCAUACAGGCAGCCUGCGCAUUACCGAGGGCAGCGGACAUGGUGGUGUGCGCCAGGUUACCAUCAACGCCCGCUACUUGGGCACAUCCAUCAUUGUGAGGCGGGUUGGCCGCUACCUCACCUUUGCCAUCCGUGUUCCAGAAGAGAUGGUGGAAGAGAGCGGUGGCUUACAGCUCUGCCUGCACGGCUGCCCACGCAGCGAGCUCAUCAACGCUCACGUGCUGAGCCGAGGACAGCGGCAGGAAGAGAGCGAUGGACAGGUGCAGCCAGGCAGCAUGGGUCAUGCUGACCUGCUCGAGCGUGCCACCUCCAGAUGCAGGGAGACCCUGCAGGUCGAAGAUGUUUACUUCCAGUCAUGCGUCUUCGACAUCCUCACCACCGGAGACGUGCAGUUUUCUAUGGCAGCGUUUGCAGCACUGCAGGACCUGAAGGCUCUCCCUCCCAGCACGCUGGAGCAGAGUGCAGUCAGGACUCCACACGUUUUUAACAGAACGAGAGAGAGCUCUCCGUCGAUCCUCGUCAUCACUCUGCUCCUUUUACUCAUCCUGCUGAAGAGGCCGGGCUAGCAGGAACGCAAGGGAAAGAACGGAUUUGACUGGACUUCCGUUUUAAAGCUCUUUUGAAUCAUAUUUCUUGAAUUUGUCAGAAGUGCUCAUCAUCUUUCCUCACACUACCACAUUAAACCCAAAUGUGCAACACAAGUCAUUCACACUCGCGUUACUUUCUGUAAUGGAAUUAUGUCUUGAUACAUUUCGGUACCUUCAAGAAGGUAGAGCAGUCUGUGAAGGAUGAGGGCAGCUAUUCAAAUCUAAUUAGCAUGGACAUUAUGUGUAACAAUGCUUAAUCAUGAUCCUGGAGGAUAUUCACAGAAUGUAGAUGUAUCAUGGACACAGCUCUGGAACUGGUGGAUAACAACAUCUCUCUAUCUUCUUGGCUUGAAUAUGGCACUUAAUGCUACUUCUUUGUAAUGAAUGCAUUAACAACAUGGGCUCCAACAACUAAAUGAAAAUACUACCUAUCCAUAUAGUUCUACAGGUACGGUAUUAAACACUAGGUACAAAAAUAGUCUACAGGUACAGCUUAAAACACUAAGUCUCCGAGCCACUCUGCUUCCCGCAUUACUGUUUAUGGCUAAGAAACAAAUUCUUUAUAUAAUAAUAUAUUGAAAGUGUGUGUAUAUAUGCGUGUAUAAUGUGUACAUUCUCCUGUGUAUAGAUGACUGUAAAUGUGAUGUUUUUGCAGCUGUUUUUCCUAGAUUUUUUUUUUUAACUGUCAGAAGUAACUAAUACGGUAUGUAGCCCCUGGUCUUUUCCAUAUUAAAAUAAGUUGUCACACUA